GCAUAUAUAGCAUUCUUUGCCCUCUUAACACAAACACCUCAUCUAGAGAUAUCAUACAUUUCCUUAUUCUCUCUGUCUUCUAAUGUCUGAUCCAGCUUGUAUUUUCAACAAUGGCAUUGUCGACGGCUAUGACUAUAGCUUCAACUAUUCCACUUCUCUCUCACACAUCUACAACUCUAAUGGCAGCUUCUAUUACCCUCACAAUACCACAGACAUAAACCCUAAUUCUACUUUACCUGAAUCUCCUCCACUUAGAGAAGCUCUUCCUCUCCUUAGCUUAAGCCCCAUCCAUAAGCAGCAAGAAGAUAUUGUUCCUCAGCAUGAAUACUGUUUCAUGGAGACGACCGAAAACUCUUCUAAUUCAAACUUUCUUAAUCAUAAUCUUGAUCAAUGCCAAGAAAGUACUCAUCAUUAUGAUGUGACCGUGGAUCUUCAUCUAGGGUUGCCAAACCCCGGUGGCGACGCUAUUGGUUACGGGGGUGGUGGGAGCAGCAGCAGCGAUGUCAUCCUUGAUUCUACCGACCAAGAGCAUCAUCAAGAUCGUCAUCAAUAUCAUGGAGUAGAAGUUACACUUGCUUCUGAUCAUCAUCAUGAUGGUCAUGGUGGUGUACAAAGGGGUAGUCAUAAUCACUAUUGGAUCCCUACUCCUUCUCAGAUUCUCAUGGGUCCUACACAGUUCUCUUGUCCUCUCUGCUACAAGACCUUCAACAGAUACAACAACAUGCAGAUGCACAUGUGGGGACAUGGCUCAGAAUACAGAAAAGGACCAGAGUCACUAAGAGGGACACAACCAACGGGGAUGCUGAAGCUGCCUUGCUACUGUUGCGCACCGGGCUGCAAGAACAACAUUGAGCACCCGAGGGCAAGGCCGCUCAAGGACUUCCGUACGCUUCAGACACAUUACAAGCGGAAACACGGUGCGAGGCCCUUUGCUUGUCGUAGAUGUGGAAAGGCUUUUGCGGUCAAAGGAGACUGGAGGACGCACGAGAAGAACUGUGGGAGGCUUUGGUAUUGCUCAUGCGGCUCGGAUUUCAAGCACAAGAGGUCGCUUAAGGACCACGUCAAGGCCUUUGGUAAUGGUCAUGUCCCUUGUUUUGGCAUUGAUUGCUUCGGCGAUCAUGAGGACGAGGAGGCUGCUUCUGAUGUCGAACAGCAAGAAUGA